AACACCAAAGCGGAGGGAAAAUCAAAAUCCCUAAUCCCCCAAAAUCUCUUGAAUACACAUUGCUCCGCCCAACCCAGCGGAGAUUUUCGUUUCCGGCGAACAGUUUUUCAUUUCUCUUACCGGGAGCUUCAGCCAUGGAGGAAACCUUAACUCCAAACCCUAAGCAAAGGCCAACUUCGACGGCGACGACUCGGAUCCAGGCUCCGACAAGUCCCUUCUUCUUGGGAUCCAACAACGACAGGCUUGAACGUGAACAAGCUCGCGCCGCCAGAGUCGCCGCUAGCCGUCGUAGAUCUGUGGUUUUCGGUCGUGGGCCUCAGCUUGAGAAGGAAUCAGAUCCGUGCUUUGACAAGCAGCAGAUUCUCGAGUUGUUUCAGAAUUGUAUCAAAUUGGCCAGUGAGAACAAAAUCAAUCAGAAGAAUACGUGGGAGUUGAAUUUGAUCGACCAUCUUUGUGAGAUUAUUAAAGUUGAAGAUGAGAAUAAUACUGAAACCAAUUUUCAAAAGGCAAGUUGCACUCUUGAAGCUGGAGUUAAGAUUUACUCAAUGAGGGUUGACUCUGUUCAUUCUGAAGCAUACAAGGUCUUGGGUGGAAUUACUCGAGCUGGCCAUGAUGACACCGGAGACAACGAGGAUGCUGCUGGUUCUGUAGUUACUGCAACUAACCAAAAGAAACAGGCAGAGAAAAAGCUCUCCCCUUUAUCAACACUGGAACCAUCCUUUGAUGCUCUUAACGUGAAGAAGUUCGACGUGGCAUUCGCCGUGGAUCCCCUUUAUCAUCAGACUUCAGCACAGUUUGAUGAAGGCGGCGCAAAGGGUCUCUUGCUAAACAAUUUAGGAGUCUAUGGAGGGUGUCAAGUUCUAUUUGACUCACAAGAAAUCCCUGGAAAGCUUGUGUCUUCUGCAAAUCAGCAUGAUAAAUCAGAAACAAUUGAUCUAUUCUUUGCUAAAGAAUGUGUGGAGAAAAUGGUGCUUAACAUGCGGCAAAAGGAUGAGAUUGUACCAUCUCUUCGGGCCAUAAUCAAUCAAUUUGAUGAAGAGAAUCAGAGACCAUCUGAUACGUUUUCUUGUAGUCAGAAGACGACGGAGUCAUUUGAUAUAUCACAUGAUAAUGAAGCUAGCUAUGCCGACAAUGAUGAUGGAUACGAUAACUUUGGAGAUUCUUUUAAUUAUGAGGGUCAGUCUGGUGCUGCUGGGGAAAACUUUGGCCUCAAUGAUGCGGAACCAGCAUACUCAAAUUUUCCGGAGGAAGUUGAACCAGCCUCACUGCAAGACCUCGAGUCAGAUGAAAGAUUUGAGAAUGUUGACGACUAUCUCUUCUUGUCGUUGGGAAUUUCAUCUAAACAAAAUUCUUGGGCAGGUCCUGAUCACUGGAAGUACCGGAAAACAAAAGCAGGUCCAGAUGUUCACCCUGCUUCCGAAAACGGAUCUUCUCCACCAGUGAAGAAAACUAGGAAAAAGAAGCAAGCAGAGCCUGAACUAGAUUUUACAAAAGCUUUGGAGGAAGAUAUUCCUGAUAUCUUUGCCCCCCCAAAAAACCUAAAGUCUUUACUUCUCCCAGCAAAUAGAGCCCCUUGUCAAACAAAGCUGCCAGAGGAUUGUCAUUAUCAACCUGAGAAUCUAGUAAAGUUAUUUUUACUACCGAAUGUGAUGUGCAUCGGGAAGAGGAGAAGAAAAUGCUCAGGUGAAACAAGGCAGCAGUAUGAUGAUCAUGAACAUGCGGAAUCGUGGGAAAAUGAUAAUGUCUAUGAUGAUGGCCCCUUUGAUAAUGGAAAUGAUCAAAGUGAUGCAGAGGAUACUACCAAUUCAUUAAUCUCUCAGCCACGCCAGGUCAACAAAAUUGAGGUCCAAUAUGAUAAAGCUUCAAAACAAGUUGAUGUGCAAGUGCUGAAGGAAACUCUAUGGGAGUGUCUUCAGGAAUCUCCUCAACCACCAAUUGAGGAUGAGGAACACCAACAAGAACCACCAGAAAGUAGAUCUUUCAAAGAGCUGCUGGCUAGCUUUCCAGAUGAUUGCAAAGCGGCUGGCACAACCCAAGACAUCUCACCACAUCUAUGUUUCAUCUGCUUGCUGCACUUGGCGAACGAGCACAAUCUCAGCCUCGUUGGCUCUCAAGACUUGGAGGAUCUAACAAUAAACUUUGCCUGAAAGAAAAUGAAGCAAGACCAAGAAAAGAAUGUUUUAUGUAGCUACGCCUACUAAGUUUUAUGUUGUAGUUCAAUGUACUGACUUGAUUUGUAAUAAGCUUCUUCAAAAUCCAUUAAUACAAUAUGUUGUUUUCGUACAAUGUUUCAUUCAAUUUGAUUGACUUGAUUUUUCU